AUGCUGACCACACAACGGCCCGCAGCACGAGGUGCACAAACGGACCAAACCCCAAGCCACAGAGAGGCGGAUAACCCCACCGCAAUGAAACUUGCCUCCCCUGAAGCAUCCAAUGCCGCUAUAUUACAAUCCCUGGCAGAGGUAAAGGGGUUUCUGGUGGCAGAAAUAGAGCACACAGCAGCUGAAGUAAAGGCCGAAAUAACAGUCAUCGGAACCCGCACCACUGCAAUAGAGCAGCAUAUGGCCCACAUAGUCACAGCUCAUAAUGGAUCGGCAACACUCACUAAUGCCCUAAAACACUGGAUCACAGAUCUGGAAAUAGAGCUUGGAGACAUAUUUAAUAGAGCACGGCACAAUAACUUACGCAUCCGAGGCCUGCCCGAAACAGUGGGUGAUGCAGAACUGGAAGCCAUCUUAGUGAAAUGCCUCCGCCAAGGCCUGCCAGACAUACCCGACCAUCUCUGGCACGUCGACAGAGCACACAGAGCUCUGCGGGCCCUAGCAACAGCCCACCCAUGGACGUCAUAA